AUGGGAGACAAAGACGAGGUACCAGCAGGCACUUCUUGGAGGCAAACACUGUUGACUUCCGACGAAGUCUAUCUAUAUACGGUGCCCACCCUGAAGACUUCUAGUGGUCACAGAGCGGAAGACUGGAAUCUGGCGAACCCCAUACAAACGUGCAAACUUCUUGUCGAGCGUCGUGGAGAUUCUCUCGCACUGGAAUUCCGGCAUGACGAGAAGCUCUUCGCACAGGCCACAAUUGACUUAACAAUCAGGAAAGAGGUCCAAAUACACAAGUGGCUGGAAUCUACAGUCGAUAGCUCGCGAUACUUCGUUGUCAAAAUUCAAGGAUCUGGAGGUCGUGAAGCAUUGGUAGGAUUUGGCUUUCGAGAUCGUGAUGUCGCUACGGAUCUCCGCGAAUCGCUACAACACUACGAAAAUUCAAUUAGAAGGCAAAGAAAAGCUGAAGAUUUCACAAUGUCGACGACAAAUUCUUAUAGUAUUCCAAUGCUUAUGGAAGGAGAAAAGAUUCACUUUGACGGAAAGUCAGGCAAAUCAACCAUUACAAGGAAAGUGAAAGACAAAGGCAACUCAGUACCGAUUUUAGUCAGAAAGCCACCACCAGCUGCAACAGGGCACAAUCCACCAGCACCGAAAGAGAGGGGAACUACGAAGGAAGAAUAAAGGUUGUAAAGUGCAAGGUUUCAAUUGACUAAGGCGAGGGAGGCGGCGAACAUGCAUUGGAUACCAAUGGGUCCAGAGGAGCUUUAAUGAAAGCUACUGACAGUGAAGAAGAUUGAGCCAAUAAGUUUCUCCCGAAUUAGAAAUCAAACAGCUAUAUCUUA